AUGUCUGAAAGCAACAGCACCAGAGUAACAGAAUUCAUCCUUCUGGGCUUUGCAGUCCAAAGAGAGAUUGAAAUCACCCUCUUUCUGCUCAUUUCGGGUGUGUAUACUCUAACUUUGGUAGGAAACGUUGGGAUGAUUUCAUUAAUACGGCUGGAUUCUCGACUUCACACACCCAUGUACUUUUUUCUCGGUAAUCUGGCCUUUGUAGACCUUUGCUACUCCUCAUCCAUAGCCCCCAAGUUCCUGCAGACGCUGCUGACUGGGGACAGGUCUAUAUCUUUCUACGCCUGUGCAGCACAGUUGGGCUUUUUCCUGAACUUCCUGGUUUCCGAGAUGUUCCUCCUUGCGGUAAUGGCUUAUGACCGCUAUGUGGCCAUUUGCAAUCCUCUUCUCUACAUGAUAGUCAUGUCCCAAAAGCUGUGUAUGCGACUGGUAUCCGGCCCCUACUUAUACAGCUUUUCUGUUGCUUUGCUCCACACGGUAGUGACUUUCCAAUUGAUCUAUUGUGGCCCCAACAUCAUCAAUCAUUUCUAUUGUGAUGAUGUCCCCUUGAUGGCCCUUGCCUGCUCAGACACCAGCCUCAAAGAGAUCCUGAUUUUCAUCUGUGCUGGAUUCAACAUGAUCAGCUCUUUGACCACCGUCCUCAUUUCUUACAUAUACAUUGUGGCUGCCAUCCUGAGAAUCCGAUCUGCAGAAGGGAGGUGCAAGGCUUUCUCCACCUGUGCCUCUCAUCUGACUGCCGUGACUAUAUUCUACGGGACUCUGAUCUUCAUGUAUCUGCAGCCCCAAUCCAACCAUUCCCUGGACACAGACAAAAUGGCCUCUGUGUUCUACACAAUCAUCAUCCCCAUGUUGAACCCCAUGAUCUACAGCUUGAGGAAUCAAGAGGUAAAGAAUGCCCUGAGAAAAGCUAUUGAAAGAUGGUAUAUCCUGCCUCUAACAAAGUUUAAAAAAAGGAUUUCCUGA